GAGAGAGAGAGAGAGAGAGAGAGAGAGAGAGAGAGAGAGAGAGAGAGAGAGAGAGAGAGCGAGAGAGAGAGAGAGAGAGAGAGAGACUGUUAGUGAAGAUCUUUUGAGUCUCAGCACGGAGAUCUUCAGUCAAUGACAGCGCGUACAUUCUCCUCUUGAAGAUGCUUGUGCUGAUCGGUGUGUGCGCGCUGCUGAUCGCCGGUGCUUCUGCCCGCAACGAUAACGGCAAUUUUCUGGACGACAAAUGGUUGACCGGCAGAUGGGACAAAUUCAGAGAUGAACCAGGAACAUGGAGCCCAGGAAAGCCAUUCGAUCAAGCACUGGACCCUGCCAAAGAUCCAUGCCUCAAGAUAAAAUGUGGCCACCUUAAAGUGUGUGUGGCGGAACAUUACCAAGCACCCACCUGUAUCAGUCAACGCAGGAUGAGUUUUAAGGACAUGAAUUUGAACUCAGCACUACUAAAAUGCCAGAGAUGUUCAGUGGUGCAUCCUUUACCCGUUUGUGGAUCAGAUGGGCAUACUUACUCCACCAAGUGUAAACUGGAAUAUAAAGCCUGCAUCUCUGGGAAGCAGAUUUCUGUGAAGUGUCCAGGACAGUGUCCCUGCCCUUCAGGGAGUCCUGUGCAGAAUAGAGAGUGUGGUAAUGCAGAAAUGACCAAAGUGGUUAGCAGAUUAAGAGAGUGGAUCACAGUUCUACAUGAGAGUGGCAAUGCAAGCAAGAAAUUUAAGUUCCAUAAGCCAGAGAAGAAGGUAGACACGAGUAAGGUGCCCCUCUGUAAGGACUCUCUGGGUUGGAUGUUCUCCAGACUAGAUACAAACUUUGACCUUUUGCUCAACCAAUCAGAGCUGUCCAGUCUGAACUCAGAGAAGAGUGAUGUGUGCACUAAAGCCUUCCUCAGGUCAUGUGACCCAGACAGAGACAGGCUCAUUUCCAGCCAGGAAUGGUGUUCCUGCUUUCAGAGAUAUCAGGAGGCUCCCUGCCAAUCAGAGAUGACCAGUAUUUACAAACAGCUGGCUGGAAAGAAAUUACUGGGACUGUACAUCCCCUCCUGUGAUGAAGAUGGCUUCUAUAAAGCUCACCAGUGUCAUCGCAGCAGCGGUCAGUGCUGGUGUGUCGACCGUUAUGGAAAUGAGGUUGCAGGGUCUCAUACACUUGGGCAUUCUGACUGCGCAGUAGAGGCUUCUGGAGAUUUUGGCAGUGGUGACUUUCUGCUCUCAGACGAUGAGGACGGUGAUGCUGUAAAUGAUGAAGAGGAGAUGGGAGAUGAUGAGGAUGAAUAUGAACAAGUUGAUGAUGAGUACGGGUACCUGUCAUAAUCCGUUUUUCGUUUUUUAAUUUUCAAAAAAAUUAAAAAGAAGGAACCAAAUAAAAAACAGACUUUCAAUUGGUCUAAAAGCACGUUUCGAGGUGACCUUGGCAGAGUGCAGCACUAACAUUACUAAAGGGUUCAUCUACCCCUGUGCUGUAUAGCAUUGGUACAAAAUUAAUACCGAUAACCACAUUUCAUUUUUCUUGUAUUCAUCCAAAGUAAAGCUGUGUAUUGACAGAAUUGGAUUUGGUGAGAGUUAUAAACGAUUAAUGAUGGUUUAUUGUUUGCACUUAUAAACAUGCACAAACAAACACAUAUACUUAUAAAAUACAUGCUUAUACACACCUGAAGGCAUGAUUCCAUGAGAUGUUCCCAAUCUUUUAAUUCUCACUCCAUUUGCAAGGAUGUGAUUUUUACAGGCAUGAGGGGUUAAUGCAGAUUGUCUCCUGUUUUCAUGAUUUUGCAAUUGGGACAAAAUAUUAGACCCCUUUUCACACAUUUUCUGUCAUUUUAACAACAGUUUAAAACAGUUCUUUCUUAAUCAUAAAUCUACACUGAUUAAUCCUGGCUUUUUUAUCAGCAGAAUUAAUAAUCAGUUCUUAAGGCUGCAGGUGAAUUAUGUAAUUAGCCAAAAUGUAUCAGUAUUUGAUGUGUAAAGGGGGACAUUCUAGAGCAUAAAUAUGUUUUAAAUGGUUCAGACACAGCCUGGAGUGACUGGAAUGUCAAUGUUACGAGAGGAAACAUGGAUAACGCAUAUGCACUCUUAUCUUGACAUCAUGUUGGCAAUCCUUGGGCAUGAGGUGCCUUUGACACAACAAUAGAGAGGUCUGGAAAGAGAGAGGGAGAAUGAGAAAGAGAUAUUUAGAUUUAGAAUGUACUGUAGAACUCUUGACUGCCAUAUGAAACUAAAAGAAUUGAGAGGUGUUUCUCUUUGUUGUUUUGGUCUAUAGGAGAAAGUCGACAUGGUUAGUUAGUUUGCAUAUGUUACUGUCGACAACAAAUCGUUCAAUAGAUGCUGAUGCUGUCACUUAUUCUUCUUGUCCCUCUCAGUGCUUUUGCAUUUCUGUCAGAAUUUUUGUUUUCGAAAUGUGCAUAUAAAAAAAAAUCUUGAGUUAUUGAGUUGAUAAUCAAUUACAGAGGUCAAAGAAACUACUCUGUCCAGCUGUUGUCAUAGUGAUAACACUUUUUUGGUUUGUUUGUUUUUUACAUUAUACAUAUAAUUUGCUGAAAUAAAGUUAUAUAGACCAAAACAGAGGUUGUUCUUAAUU